AUUACACAACACAGGUAGAUAAUGGACAUUCAGCUGGCUUUAUUUGUUUUCUUCGCCGUAUGUGGAUUUGAAUUCGUAGUUGGUCUGACAUGCCGACUUUGUUACUAUGCACAAGAUGUAACAAAGUGUGGAGCUACAACACAAUGUCCACAAGAUGAGCAUUGUGGAAUCCAUGAAUUUUCCAUGAAUGGAGUGAAAACGUAUCAUGCUGGGUGUAUUUCCACUGAUGUGUGCGAAGGAAGACAAGACGCACCAAUUAAAAUAUUUGGAAAACGUAGACAAUUAACAACUGUAAAAGUACAAUGCUGUGAUACAGACCUGUGUAAUGUCGAUCCAAAUAAUGUUACGACAGGAUUGCCAGAAAUGAAUGUAACCACCACCCCAUCUAAAACGACUGGGAGUUCUACAUCUGACCAGCAGUUAAUGACGUCAAACAUUCCUACGACUUCCACCACGUGCGUUGAUCAUUCUAACUGUGUCCACCUUUUACAGACAUUUCCAAUAUGUACAGAUUCUUAUACUGCAAAGACUGUUUGUCCAAAAUUAUGCGGUUUAUGUGAUACUGAUACUUCAGCAGCAUCACAUACAUCUAACCAAUGUGUAGAUACUUCGAAUGAAUGUGAAUUACUGAUACAACAUUUUCAAGUUUGUAACGAUACUGAAUUCUCAUUGGCUAGAUGUAGAAAAUCUUGCAACAUGUGUUCGCAAGUCACUACAACAGUACCUAGUGUAGAGACGCCUCCGCCGAAUAGAGAAACACCCUCACCAAGUCGAGAAACUCCUUCACCGAACAGAGAAACACCCUUACCUUCGCAGAGCUCUUCCUUAAUCUUACCAAAUAUAGAGACACCACUUCCAAAUCGAGAAACGGUUGAACCUUCUCAAACAUCAGCACCUCUACCAAAUAUAGAGACGCCAAGCUUUUAAAAGCAUUUGU